UUACCUUCCUCGCUCUUACAACGUAUACAUAGAUAUUAGAUAGAAAGAGACAAACGAUGUAAUUCUUGCGUUUCAAGUACAGCAGUCUCUUUGGUAUCAGCUGACAACCAAAGCAAAAACAGUCGGUGUGCGACCAUCUUGUCAAAACUGGAGUUCGGCGACAACAAAUAAAUAUUGUAAAAUGUCGUAAAUCGCUCGUAAUGACUUAAAUCCAAGUUCGUAUCUAAUAAAGUAUUGUGUUUAUUUUAUGUUGGUGCUGUUUUUGACGCGGUUACUAUACAUUUUGCCACAUAUUUUCGGGUUUGUGUUGCGUCAAAUGACGUCAUGUAUGUGAUUAUUAUACACGUAUCGCGGCUGACGAGUUCAUAGACAACCAUGCACGAGCAGGACGGAGAUACGGAGCCGGCGCACCACGCGCGUCGGCCCAUGAACGCAUUCCUUAUAUUCUGCAAACGUCACCGAAGCGUCGUCCGCGACAAAUAUCCUAAUCUUGAAAAUCGGUCUAUAACCAAAAUUCUUGGAGAGUGGUGGGCUAACUUGGAUAAAGAAGAGAAAGCUUGCUACACAGGUCUUGCGAAACAGUACAAAGACGCAUUCUUCAGUGCCAAUCCUGACUUCAAAUGGUACAAAUUGCCUGCGCCUCCUCUCCGCACACUCUCCUCUCGGCCGAGAGAACCGAACGAGAAACAAAUAGAAUCCCCCAUCAGCGAAUAUCAUGAAGCUGAAUUAGAAAAAACAAAUAAUAACUCAACUAAAGUAGACUUCAACAAAAAGACCAAUGAGCACGUAUACGAAAACGAAACUAAACCGUUGUCAAUGUUUACUCCAGGCAAGUUGGCAGAUGAAGCCCAAAUGGGAGGCCUCAGCAGUCUCCUGGCCACUAAGACUGAAACCAAAACUCCGAACCCUUACUAUUCACCUCACUGUCUUAAAUAUAAUGCGAUCUCAACCCCAAACGAAUUCAGAUCUCACAACAUAUUAGAAAGGGCUAAAGCAAAAGGAGCUGCCAACGAGGAAAGCAUACGUGAACUUCAAAAUGAACUCACAGAAACCACAAAGGUAUUCGUAGAAGAAGGCUUUAGUGAGGAAAAGGGAGGAUUGUAUCAGUACAGUGUCGCCAACGACCAAUUUACUAACCAAGAUGUGAUAAACCAAAUAGUUGAUAAAAGGUAUUCUAAAGACGAAGAUUACGGUUAUCAGAGGAAUUGGUCAGAUGACGAAAGGAACUCGAGAUCUGGGCGGUCGUGCAAAGGGAAGCGUUACCAGGAAUUCAUGGCUGUGGGGGGAUUGAUCGUGAAUAAGAGGCAAAAGCGAGACAUCAACGACAAAUUGCCAGACGAGGGCUACAGCGCGUCCUGUAGCUGGGAAUCUGGCAAUCACCGUGGCGAGGAGCACAAUUCGCUUAGCGAGAUGUCAAUCGAGAGCGAAACAAAAAACGACACCGUAGACGCACCUGAAUCAGACAAUAAUGCAAACAAGACUUUCAAGGCUGCCGACUUUGAUUUGGACGCUAAAAUAAGAGCGUUGCCCUCACUCAGUCUUGAGAAGUUUCAACAGAAAAAGCGCGAGAACAAACGCAAGAAGAAAACUCUCAGUCUCAAGCCUAAAGCGCUGGAAUCCUCGCAUAUAGUCAAUUCGGUUCCUAGGUCUAUUCUAGACGAUAGGCGUGAAAUGGCCGAGAGCUGGCGCGACUCCGUCAUCGGCAGUCAAAAACGCAAGCCGAGGAAAGUGAGCAUAACCAGGUUCGAAUUAAAGGGUUUGUACUCGACCAUGGAGAACAGUGAAUCGCAUAAAAUAAGCCCCGAAAUCAAGAUUGCGACCGAGGCGCCUUGCACGGUCGUCCAGAGUAUGGAAAUCUGCAAACAACCCCAGCAUAGCAACGUCACGCAGGACCUAUUAGCUCUUGCGACGCUGGCUGAAGUCGCCGCCAACACCUCGAAGAUCGAAGGUUCAUCCAUCACAGACACCAUGACCGCCAAAGCAAGCGAUGAAAACGCUUCCAUGGUAUGAAAUACCUACAAUAUAACAAUUCCAAAAAUAUUAUUUACUAUAUAAUCAGAUAAUAUUUAUAUAUUAUAGAUCUACUUUUACAUGUACGCAUAAAAAUAAUAAUUGUACACCUAAAUGUAGUUUUUAUAAAAUAGGAAUAGAGUUUAUUUAUAUUGAGAUAGAGAGAUAUAUAUAUAUAUUAUUAUAUACCUAUUUUAGUUGAUUGGUAGGUAUUUGUGAUAGUUAAAUGCAUAACAUCACAAGAAUAACAAGGCAUAAUGUAUUAAAUAUCAAGUUAAUAAUAUUAAUGAUAUUAAGUUCGUAUAUGAAAAAGUUUGUUUAAAUGAAAUAUCAGUGUUAAUAAUAAAUGUUAUUAUAACAGAGUUAUGCAUCACAUGAAAAAUGCCAAACUUAAACAGUAAUUUCGUAUAUAAUCGUUAACCUCAUUUUUGUAUAAAGUUAGAUUUAUUUAAAUCGCCUUAAUAUUAGAUUUUAAAUCAAAAGUAAAACACCAACAUGCAUAGACUGCAUCGCAUUUUUUUAAUGGUGAUUUUGUUUUUUUAUUCAUAACGUCAUUGAAUAUUUUGCAAAUUUAUCAUUUGUAUAAUAUAUUUUUAUAACGUAUCUAUUAAAGUGACAAUGUUCACGUUUUAUACAUUUUUACUAAACAUGGCAACAUUGUUGUUGGAACGAUCGACUUAAUGGCGGUGCCUUUAAAAGUGAUUUAUUGGGGUGGUACAGGGAGUGUUGCCAUGCAUGCGCAAAAUUGAAACAUUUUAUAUAAUGUCGAUUUAAUAAAUAUUAUAAAGAUAUUGGCAAAAGUAACCUAAUAUAAAUUUAUUUUAGUCGCUAGUUAAUUGAAUACGCCUAUCGCGGCUAAAAUUAUCGUGAGUGAAACUCGCUGUUUUUCUUUUGUGAUAUAAUUUUUGAACCUUGAUUUUAAACGAAAAUAAAUUUAUUUCGCUUUGUUUUAACUUAAUUCACGCAAUAUCUUUUUAUAUAGGGUUAAUCGAUGUGUUGUUAUAAUUGAUAUGAAAAAACCUAAAAAAAAACGAAUCUGAACGUUCACUGUUGUAGAUGAUAGCAAAAUGAUCAUUUCUCCUUUAGGUACCUGAACUUUAUCGAAAAUGUUCAUGAAUUUUAACGCGACGUUAAAACAUUGCAAUUGUUACAUUAAUAGCUAAGCUUUAUUUAAGUUACACACCAUUGUCAACUUCACUUUAAUUUAUUUAUUGUUUUAUUUGGAACAGUGUUUCUCAAAUUGUUGUUCUUAUUUUGUGCAUAUAGAUGGAUUUUAAGGAUUACUGUGAUUUUGUUUCCAUCUACGUUGAUGGUAUGAAGCUUUUGUAGGUCUAGUCUAGAAGGUAGAGUUUUAAAAGAAGAUUACAAGUACUAAAUUUUUAAAGUGCACUUAUAUGUAUUUUUUAAAGUUACAAAAGAUGACAAAAGCCAUAAUGUGACAUGCUCAUCCAAAGACCAAAUGUAUUUAGAAUAGGGAAGCUAGGCUGUAGAUAUUGUAUAUUUAAUAUUCAAGUUAUAUGUAAUAUUUAUGAUGAUAUUAUAUAUUAUAUUUUUGAAAACUGGCUAAUAUUGUGGCAUUCCAAUGUCAAAAUUGUAAAAUCCCUUUUAUGAUAUAGAUUUGUUGCAUUUUUUUUUGUUUUUAACAUUUUCUCCCAGAGCUUUUAAAUCAAAUUGUUAUUUUUGUGUAAAGAUUUAAUUAUUGUUACGUUUUCGUAAAGUGAAGAGCUUUAGUAGGUUCCUAAAAUUAUAUCGAUGAGCUAACACUAUUCAAUGAAAUUUCAUAGAGUGCUGGUGUUCAUGAAAAAUUCUUUUGCCUUGUCGAUAUAUUGUAGCCUUACCUGUUCUGUAGAUUGAUAUAUUAGUGAUAAGGCGAAUCGUAACGGGGGCCAGUAUAAAGGGUUAUUUACUAAAGAGAAUUUUUCGUUUAUUAUAGAUUCUAUUGGAUUAAAAAAUUAUAUAUUGUAAAGAGCUUAUACCUAAUAUGUAUAUUUACAAAAUAAUAAAUUCUACGAAAGUUAAACCCUAAUAUGAUCC